AUGGACAUUGGUUCAAACAAUCCUUCAUUGAAUGGGACUGAUGAAGUUGAAGAAGCGGAGAACAAUCCAUUAGUAAAUGAGAUUGGUGAAAUUGAAGAACUUAAGAAGGGAAUGUGUUUUAACUUAAAGCAAGAAAUAUAUGCAUUUUAUGCCACAUAUACGAAACACCUCGGAUUUGCUGUAGCUUAUAGAACACAAAAUAUUGGACAAGCUAGGGAAGUAAAAUACUUUGGAAUUGAAUGUACUCGGGCACGUAAGAGAACAAAACGAUCAGAAGUACACCCUCUCGAACCAUUUUUGUCAUUAUUCAUUGAAUGUGAAGCAAAGAGAAGACUAGAAAUAAACGAUGAAGCAGGGAUAGGAGUGGCUCGGAAUUUUCAUUCUAUAGUUGUUGAAGCAGGGAGGUACGAGGCAUUAACAUUUGAUGAACGAGAUGCAAGGAAUCACAUUGAGAGCAUGAGAAGAUUGAGGCUAGGGGCUGAUGCAAGGAGUAGGGUAACUUAUAAAGCAUUUGGGUAUCUGGUUUCAUUUGACACAACCUAUCUCACAAACAAAUAUGAUAUGCCAUUUGCUCUGUUUGUGGGAGUUAAUCAUCAUGGGCAGUCAAUUUUGCUUGGUUGUGGGAUGUCAUGUAAUGAGAGCACUGAAACAUUUGUGUGGCUAUUCAGAGAAUGGUUAAGUUGUACGUCAGACGCUCCUCCAAAAGCUAUAAUAAUGGACCAGUGCAGAGCUAUGCAAAAUGCCAUUGAAGUUGUAUUUCUACAAGCUCGACAUCGUUGGUGCUUAUGGCACAUAAUGAACAAAAUUUUGGAGAAAUUGAGAGAAUAUGCCCAAUAUGAAUCCAUCAAGUUUGCUUUGCAAAUUGCAGUUUAUGAUUCUUUUACAAAAGAUGAAUUUGAUGAAGAAUGGCAAGCGAUGAUUGCAAAGUUCAAUCUGGAUGAUAAUGAGUGGUUGGGGUUCUGA